AUGUAUGUGGCGCAUAUUAUUGAGGCAGGUGCAGAUCGGUUGAAAGCAGCCGACAAAACGAAAUUGCGAGAUGAUUUAUCGAGUAAAUUACGUGAAUACAGGGUGGACGAACGCCACAUCCCGAAGAUCUAUUGGUUCUUUUCACGUCUGUACGAUUGUGACGAUGCUGAACUGCUCAACUUCAAUAAACGAUUCCUCAGCGAUUGUUCGGGUCGAAUUCAUGAAAGCAUUUAUGGUUCAGAGAGAACGUUCGCUUCAUCGCAAAAUACUAGUGAGUUAACAUCAUCGCGAUUGGUUCGUAUGAUUGCAUCGAUCGGUGAAAUCGUGCAGUGCCAUCCAUCACUGAUAACCGAGGAUCUAUCGGAGUUGAUGCAAUUCAUUGUCGCAUCCGAUGUGAUUCGAGAGAAAGUCACUCAAAUUGUUUCACGAAGGCAAACUCCAUUGCCAACACAAUCGCAGGCCGGUGUAGCCAACACGAAUAUACAUACUGUAACCGAGGCAACCAAUGCAAAUCGAGCAUCCUCUGAAGCUGGCCCAUCUCAAGGUACAACAACAACUCAAACAAGUCGACCGUUGAGUUCACAAUCGACGUGUCACAACACUGCAGGCACAACGACGACGAAUGCGUUCGUGCAGAGUUGUUUCACUAACUCAGAUCUUUUCUCGUCUGCGGUUCGAGCACGCGCCGUUCUGACGAUUGGAAAAAUGUGCCUCAUGGAUGAAAAUUUGGCAAAGAAAUGUAUACCGGUGUUUGUGAAGCAGUUGGUGAAGAAUCAGGACCAUUGCGUACGUAACAACAUCAUUGUGACUGUGUGCGAUCUUUGUAUGAGGUACACACUAUUGGUUGAUCGGUACAGCUCGAUUAUUGCGAUGUCUUUGAGAGAUCGUUCGGCACUGGUACGGAAACAGGCACUGACAUUGCUCACAUGUCUUAUCAAGGAGCAAUACAUUCGUUGGGAAGGACAGAUAAUGUACCGAUUUGUAUCCACUUUACUCGAUGAAGACGGAGGAAUAAGAGAAUACGCCAAAAUGUGUUUGUUGGAUGUGCUCUUGGUGCAAUUCCCGAAAAUGUUCGAACAUCAUUUCGUUGAAUGUCUCUUCUAUUUCAAUCGUGUCAGACAAGGAGCUUGGGCAAUUAUUAAAGCGACCGAUGACGAGGCAGAAUGCAAUCAAAAAAAUCAGUGUUCACUAGCUGGUGAGAAACAUCGCGAAGAUCGUAUGAAGCUUUACGUUUUCAUGCUAAAAACAUUCAACGAUGAAAGUAAAUUCAAGUUGAUGGAACGUAUCGGGCAAGAAGUGUUCUUGGCUGUCACUGAGAGUUCACUUGAUCUGAGUAAAACUGAAGUAAAAUAUCUACUGCUCGACUGCUACAGCGUGAUGUGUAGUGGAGAGAUCAAACUAAAGCAUACACUGGGAAGUCGUGGACCGAAUGCAGCUGAAGAUGACGAAGAGGAAGCUCCCGCUGCCGUUCAGGCUGGUGCCAAAAAAGUCAUCUCUCAAAUAUUUCGUAAAGGUAUUAUCGAGGCGGUUUUACCGAGUGUCAUUCAGCUCCGAUACUAUCUUCAGUCGAAAUCCGAAUUCUGUGUUUAUGAACGAGGCAUUUUGCUUGUGCUGAGGUCAGCAUUUCAGAUGGUUUUACAUUUUGAUUUAUUAAACCUAGAAAAAAAUUGCAGAGAACUUUGUAAAGAUCAUAAAGAGCAGCUGGAUGAAUUCUUGGCAAGUGAUCCAACUUUGAAAGAGGAAAUGAGAUAUGAUCUCAAAAAACUUGAGGUUUUAUUUCUUUCUAUCUUAUUGUUUUUCGAUGAGAAAGAAAAAGCCGAAGCAGAAGCGCAACAACGUUUGUUGAUGUCAAAGGCGAGAAGCGCACGUCGCUCUGCCGCUAUGAGACUCUCAUCGACCCCAUUAACUGCGACACGCCAUCCUCGUGCCGCAAAUCAACAACAACCAGUAACGCCUCUCGCUAGCAGACCCACAUCGACAAUCGAGACAGCUACGCAAAAUACGAGCGAACGAGUGGCAAGCAUCAUUCGGAACUCGUUACCGGCCAUCCGUAAUCGAGAACCACUGGAGCGUGUUGAUGAAGAAGAGCAACCAGCUGCCGAUGCUGCUGCUGCAGUUACUGAAGAAGGAUCGAUUCAGAAGGGAAUUAGUGACGAUGAACAUGUGCAACCAACGGCAACAACGGACACCGCUGAUGUUCAGUCAUCGGCCAGUGAACAACCACAGACGGAACGGCAAACAGUUAGUGAUUAUUUGUUCAAUGCGGGACAGACAGCCUCCACUUCGACACCAGUGGCGUCCGUCUCGGCAGAUCGUUCAGCAGCCAGAAAGAAGAGCUCCACAUUGAGUGAAAUAUCACCUGAACGAAUCCAAAGAGACAGUUCAGCAAUGAACGCACGAGCUUUCUCAACACCAGCACAUACGAUGAAUGAGGUAGGUGACCAAUACACUCUCUCAUCGUUGCAUCUAUCGUUAUCGUUCAACUGCAUCAUUCUGACUUAUUCAUAA